CGUGAGGCGGGGUCGGGGUCCGCAGCGGUGGGGAGCGGGAGGCGAUGGCGCCGGCGGCGUCCAGGCUGCGGGCGGGUGCCGGGCUUCGGGCGCUGCUGCGGCGGGCGCUCGUCCAGUACUUGCGCCUCCUGCGGCUCUACCCAGUGCUCACCAAGGCGGCCACCAGUGGCAUUUUGUCAGCACUUGGGAAUUUCCUGGCUCAGAUGAUUGAGAAGAAGCGGGAAAAAGAAAACUGCUCUCAAAAGCUAGAUGUCAGUGGGCCUCUCAGAUACGCCAUUUAUGGGUUCUUCUUCACAGGGCCACUGAAUCACUUCUUCUACCUCUUCAUGGAACACUGGAUUCCUCCUGAGGUCCCUUUGGCUGGGGUCAAGAGGCUUCUCCUGGACCGCCUCCUCUUUGCACCAGCUUUCCUGCUAUUGUUCUUCCUCAUCAUGAACUUCCUGGAGGUUGGUCUCUGCCAUAGCUCCUUGUCUGGCACAGCAGCUCUUAACUUGGCAUCUGUGGGUGGAAUUGAGAGGGUCUGUGAACUUUUCAGUACACUCAAACUGAAAUUUUUCACUUCUCUGUGUAUAAACAUCAACGUAAACCACAGUUGUACUGGCAGUAAGUGUUGGUCCACAGUAAGAAGUCACAAAUAUCUUGAUAUCACACAUCAUUUAUCCUCGACAGGAUAUCUUUUGUUCUGUGACUCCUCGUACUUGCCUUCAAGGCUCAUUACUGAAUAGGUUAAUAUGGAAGCACAUCUACUGGUCUAGGAUUCUUUUCCUGAAUAUUUUGAAAAGUAUAUUUCAGUACAGUAGUGUAGUUGAUAUAUUUUAUUUUAUAAACAGGAUUCUCAGAAGGGGGUCCGUGAGAUUCAUGAAACAGAAAUUUUAGGCCCCUGAUGGUAUUGCAGAAGCCUAUGCUAACUCAAUGCCUGAACAUCACAAGUGCUCUGAAGAGGUUAACGUAUCAGCGUAGACUUAAAACAUUAAAACCCACCACAUGAGAGGUGUGUUCACCUCUAAUCACCAGGCAUGUCUGUUCACUGUGCUUAGCCAAAGUCCCUUCCCAGUUCACUAGCACCUCCACCCAUCUCUCCAUUCACUGUGUAUACCCUGGAUGUGUUACCCUGGAUGUGUCAUGUUCUGCUCUGAAAGUAAUUGUUCCAACCAAUCACAGCAGGUAAAUCCUUCUUCAGGUUUUAUUUUGAAACAGCAUCUUGAGUUUUUGUUCCUGAGAACACCUCUUGUGGUCUAAAGCAUUCCUGGGGGGAAGCAGGAAAGAUGCUUCAACUUAACUGGUUAGUAAUGAAUCCCUGAUAGUAAAAAGAAGUGUCAGAGAAGCUCUUAGGAAAUCUGAGGUAGCAAAGUGUGUAAAGUACCCAACAAAUAAAUGAUAUAUGUGGGACAUUAUACCACACACACUACAGAUACCUCUGCAUCUGCAUUAAAAAAAUUGGGGGGGUGGGGCAGCCUGGGUGGCUCAGCGGUUUAGCGCCACCUUCAGCCCAGGGCAUGAUCCUGGAGACCCCGG